UGGAAUGGCAUUACUCUGGUUCUCCAGAGAGUCUAGUGGUCGAUUCGAAAAUCUUAUCAACGUCCACGAAGCCCCCCCAUGCUCAGUCUAGUGCGAUCCCGUGCCGAUUAUGCCUCUGGUUUGCUCGCUUUGGCCUGUUUCCAUCGGCAUAAAAAAAAAAAGAGCCGAAGAAACCGGACGACAUCUUAGGGAUCGUCGACUUUAAUAACGUAUUGUGAGAUACUCGUGUCCUCGCUGUCCGUGAGGAUUUCUCGUUUUUAUACGCACGCCUCUCGACUCGUGUCUACCACAUGUUGAUCAGUAACGUUUUCAACACCGAUGAUUCACAUGCAGUGUUUACGUGGUUACUUUCUCUCCGAUACGAAUCAUAACCUCAUGGAUCAUAUUUAGCACACUGCAAAGAUGUCGAAACGACCUGGAGACAGCGGGGACUCUAGUUCCCAACCACCUAUAAAAAAGGUGCAAUUUGAGCCGAUUCUAAUUGGACCCAUAUCUACUCUUGAAGAGAUGGACAUGAAGGUUUUACAGUUCCAGAACAAGAAGUUGGCACAGAGAUUGGAACAAAGGCAUAGAAUGGAAGCUGAAUUGAGACAACGUAUCGAACAAUUAGAGAAACGCCAAAUGCAAGAUGAUACAGUACUUAACGUAGUUAAUCGAUAUUGGAAUCAACUCAAUGAAGAUAUACGUGUACUAUUGCAGAGAUUCGAUGCCGAAACUGCUGAUGAAUCGGAAAACAGAAACGAGAGCGAGGCUACGACGUCAUUUCUUAUGCAAUUAUCUUCCUGGGACAAAGAAGAAUUAGAUGAUAAAUUAGCAAACCGUGUACAGGUGUCGAAACGAGCUGUGUCUAAAGUUGUACAGGCGUUCGAUCGUUUAUCUCAAAGAAACGAGAAGAUUACUCUCGCACUGAAAGGAGAAUUUGACGGUGACGAGGCGCCGAACAUUGACGAAGUCGUACGUCGUGCCAAUGGGGAAAUACAAAUGGAAAACAGAAAUCUGCAGGCGAUAAAUAUACAAUUGCAUGAAAAGUAUCACACUAUCUCAUUAAAGAUGUCAGAAUUGCAAGAUACAAUAACAGGAAAGGAUACGCUUGCAGCGGAAAUGCGAAAUCAAGUAGACGAUCUGCAGUACGAAUUAAACAAAGUACGAGCGAGAAACGAUAAAUUGGAACAUCAUCUUGGGGAGGCAAUUGAGAAGUUAAAAGCUUUCCAACAGAUUCAUGGUGCAGAUGAGAAAGGCAGUAAUAAACCGAACACUAUAGUUGCAUCCAGUGUUUCUCAAACUAAGCUUGAUGAUUUACAAAGAGAACUUGAAGAGACACGUGAAUUGGCUAACAACAGACUGCAGGAAUUAGACAAACUGCAUCAGCAACACCGCGACACCUUAAAAGAAGUGGAAAAAUUGAAGAUGGAUAUAAGACAGCUCCCCGAGUCGGUAAUCGUAGAAACGACAGAGUACAAAUGUUUGCAAUCGCAAUUUUCCGUGCUAUAUAACGAGUCUAUGCAAUUAAAAACACAAUUGGAUGAUGCUCGUCAACAAUUGCAGUCUAGCAAGAAUGCACAUUUGCGUCACAUCGAGAUGAUGGAGAGCGAAGAGUUGAUGGCUCAAAAAAAGUUGCGCGGAGAGUGUAUACAACUCGAAGACGUUUUAGCACAAUUACGCAAGGAAUACGAAAUGCUUCGCAUUGAAUUUGAACAGAAUCUAGCUGCCAAUGAACAGACAGGUCCAAUCAAUCGAGAAAUGCGGCAUCUGAUUACCUCUCUUCAGAAUCACAAUCAGCAAUUAAAGGGCGAGGUGCACCGGUACAAGCGAAAAUACAAAGAAACUUCUACUGAAAUACCCCGGCUAAAAAAGGAAGUAGAGGAAUUGACAACUAAAUUAGGCCAACAAACGUCGCAAGAAAAUAAAGAAGGGAAUAAUUCAGAUGGCAGCGGAAAAGAAGAAGAUGCUUCAAAUUCGUUACCAGGUUCUACACAGAUAAAAGAAGAAAGCGGUGUUACAAUAAAAAGGGAAUCUGGUGCUGAUGAAGAGGUGGAAACUAUUGAGGUUGGAGAAGGUGAAGGCAACAAAAACACGCCAGAUUCCCUAACGUUAACUUCGCCGACUCUAAAAAAGGAGAAAGAUAUAAAACGUGAGAAGGAUAUCAAGAAAGAAUCUGUGAAAACUGAACAUCGGGAUCCUGCACAUCGCACUAAAGAUGCAAAGAUGGCGGAAUCAGAACUCGUGAGAGACUUGAAGGCGCAACUCAAAAAAGCUGUGAAUGAGAUGAAAGAAAUGAAGCUUUUAUUAGAUAUGUACAAAGGUGUUGGAAAGGAGCAACGGGACAAAGUACAAUUAAUGGCUGCAGAGCGUAAAACUAGAGCAGAAUUAGAAGACUUGCGACAGCAAGUAAAAAAAAUUCAAGAAAGUAAACGUGAGGAACGCAAAAAACUAGCUGAUGAAGAUGCGCAGAUAAAGAUUAAGAAGCUGGAAGAACAGGCGUAUACACUGCAACGUCAGGUCGCUUGUCAGAAACAGAAUUGUAUUUGGCUGCAGGAGGAGGAGGCUCUCCUGAACGAGAUGGAAGUGACCGGACAAGCGUUUGAGGACAUGCAAGAGCAGAACUCUAGACUGAUACAGCAACUGCGCGAAAAGGAUGAUGCAAAUUUCAAGCUCAUGACAGAGAGGAUUAAGAGUAAUCAAUUGCACAAACUCGCGAGGGAGGAGAAAGACGUGUUGAAGGAACAGGUGUCCACACUAACUACGCAGGUGGAAGCGGCUAAUGUAGUUGUACGGAAAUUAGAAGAGAAGGAACGUCUCUUACAAAACUCUCUUGCCACGGUGGAAAAGGAAUUGGCGCUGAGACAGCAGGCAAUGGAGAUGCACAAGCGGAAAGCAAUCGAAAGCGCGCAGUCUGCGGCUGAUCUCAAACUUCAUCUUGAGAAGUAUCAUUCCCAAAUGAAGGAAGCACAACAGGUUGUAGCUGAGAAAACAAGUUCCUUGGAAGCUGAAGCGUAUAAAACUAAAAGAUUGCAGGAGGAGAUAGCGCAACUCAGACGCAAGGUUGAGCGCAUGAAGAAGAUCGAGCUCGCUGAAACUCUGGAUGAAGUGAUGGCGGAGGAGUUGCGGGAAUAUAAGGAAACUCUAACUUGUCCGUCUUGUAAGGUAAAGCGCAAGGACGCCGUCCUCACCAAGUGCUUCCACGUGUUCUGCUGGGACUGUCUGCGCACACGUUACGAAACGCGGCAGCGGAAAUGUCCAAAGUGUAACUGCGCGUUCGGCGCCAACGACUACCAUCGGCUGUACCUGUCCACAUGAAGAAGAAGGUGCUGACUCGUUGGAAAAUACGCCGCGACGUAAUGUUCUGCUGGAACACUCCACGCACGUUACGCAAUGCGGCAGCAGAAAUGUCCCAAGUGUAACUGUGCGUUCGCCAACGAUUACCAUCGGCUGUACCUGUUCACACGAAGUAGGUGCUGACUCGUUGGAGAAUACGCCGCGACGUAGAGUAAUGUUACAUUAGCAUUUCUCUUUUCUUUUUUUAUAUCGUUUAUUUAUUACUCUGACUUUUUGUGGAACGAUGCGCGAUAUGUGUCUUUUCUUGAAUGCGUCGAUAAUGAAUCACGAAUUUUGCUAAAUUCUUAUGAAGACCAUAACACGUGAAAAGAAGAAUAUAAAUCAUGGAACUUAAGUAGAAUCAUAGUCGAAAAUUCUUGAGACUGGACGAUUUAUCACUUAACUCUACUACUUAUAUUUUUUCGCGCAUUAUGGUCUAGUUUAUAAACUAACACAAAUACUAAUACAAAUAAGUAGAUAGGUACAAUGAAUGAUGAAUAAGUGAGUGAGCAAUUGAACGAAUAAAUG